UUCAAAUACCUCGGCAAAAUUGUGCGGUGGGCAACAAAGCGGAAAAUAAACAGUCGAGACGCUGCUCACCUGGGUCAGUCUAUAAAUACGAACCGCGGCGGAAUCAGUUCAAUCUGGUCCUCGGGACUGACAUCAACAACAACAACAACAACUAAGACUAUUAAACAAAUCACACGCUUGGCCCGACAGUAAUAAUUUGUAAACCAUGAACGGAUCGUCGGGGAAGUACGCUUUAAAAGAUUUAGAAGCAAACGGAGAUACCACGUCAACUGCAACUUCAACGUACCCGCCGUCGUACAGUGAUGCAGUGUCGGAUGGGAAAUUUGCCACCAGCACGGACGCCUUGGCGGCUGAGGAAGAGAGUGAACGUGGUCACUGGGGGAACAAGGCAGAGUUUAUCCUGUCCUGCCUGGGGUACGCCGUAGGCCUGGGGAAUGUUUGGAGGUUCCCUUAUCUAUGUUAUACCAAUGGUGGAGGAGCUUUUUUAAUCCCCUACUUCUUGAUGUUGACAUUUGUUGGCUUACCCGUAUUUCUACUGGAGUUAAGUUCUGGUCAGUUCGUAGGUGGUGGACCUCUGGAUGUGUUCAUGUGUAGCCCUCUCCUCCAAGGUGUGGGCGUGGGCAUGUUGAUCAUAUCUUUUCUGGGGAGUAUCUACUACAACGUAAUCAUCGCAUGGGCUAUGUAUUACAUGUUUGGAUCCUUUACAUCAGAACUUCCCUGGGAUGGCUGCAAACACGAUUACAACACGCCAUAUUGUUACUCUAAGAAAGAAGCCAAACCGUGCGAGGACAGUAAUGGCACGUGGUUUAACCAGACCUGUUACAGCCCGGAGAUGCUCAUAGAAAACCCAGAAAUCAAGAACUUGACUCUGAAGAACACGACCGCCCCCGAAGAAUUCUUUAAUAUUCGCAUGUUGAACCGUUCUGACAGUAUUGAAGAUAUGGGUAGCUUAUCUUGGGAGCUGUCCCUCACUCUACUGCUGGCCUGGAUACUGGUCUAUCUUUGUAUUCUGAAGGGAAUCAAAUCAUCAGGAAAGGCUGUAUACUUCACUGCCACUUUCCCCUACGUCAUUCUGAUCAUCUUCUUCUUCCGCGGAGUGACACUAGAGGGCGCUGGGAAGGGCAUUGAAUUCUAUCUGAAACCAAAGUGGGAAUUAUUGCUGGUUCCCAAGGUAUGGGGAGACGCUGCAGGCCAGAUCUUCUUUUCUCUCAGCGUUGGUAUGGGCGGAUUGAUGACCUUUUCAAGUUACAAUAAAUUUAACAAUAACGUGUUCAGAGAUGCCUUGAUAGUUGCCCUUGGCAACUGUUUCACCAGUUUCUUCGCGGGAUUCGCCAUUUUCUCCAUCCUUGGCUUUAUGGCCCACGAGCUGGGGAAGGAUGUCUCAGAAGUGGCUACCUCUGGGUCCGGGUUGGCGUUCAUUGCCUACCCUGAAGUUGUCACCCGGCUCCCUGUGGCACCACUCUGGUCGUUUUUGUUCUUCUUUAUGUUGUUGUUGCUCGGUCUUGACAGCCAGUUUGCAGGAAUCGAAGCCAUCCAGACGGCAGUUCUGGAUGUAUGGCCCAGACUGAGGAGGGUCAAGCCAUUGGUUGCUGGGGUGAUCUGUGUAGUGCUCUUCUUACUGGGACUGCCUAUGUGUGCACAGGGCGGUAUAUACUGGGAAGAGCUGGUCAGCUAUUACUCGGCAGGAUGGUCCUUGGUACUGAUAGGAUUCGUGGAGACUCUGGUGUUUGCGUGGGUGUACGGAGCCAAACGAAUGAUGAACGACAUGGAACAAAUGAUUGGGUUCCGGCCAUCUUGUAAUGGCUGGUAUUGGUGGGUGCUGUGGACGAUCGUGGCUCCAAUUCUACUCUUUGCUAUUCUGAUCUUCAACUUCAUCGAGUUCACGCCACUAGAAUACGGUGGUUAUGUCCUCCCUCCCUGGGCCCAAGGUUUAGGUUGGAUUAUGGCCGUUAUCUCCGUGGCCAUCGUACCAGUGGUUGCCGCAUACAGGAUAUGGAAGGACUACAAAACCAAUGAGGACGGCGCUUCUUUCAUGGAGAGGGUUGUCCGUCUAACUAAGCCGGACCCCAUUGUAUGGCGGCCGUCCAUAGUGAAAGCCCAGGAAGAGAUGUCGUCCAAGCAGGGCAACAUGAACGCUGGAUUCCACUCGUCACAGGAUACCAUUGGCGGUGUCAGCCACAUCAGCAACACCGCUAUUUAGACAUAUAUUAUCCCACUUUGUACGAGGUGGCAGUGCGAGCUCAUUCAGACAACUAGACUUAUGUCAACAGCGUCUUCCUGGUCCGGUGUCUUCUCUACGAUGAUCAGAGUUUUAUAUGGACAGAGUUAUGUUUUAAAUAGUUUAUAUGAUUUCUUGUAUUCUUAUUAUUUAUCCAUCAUAUCUUUGUAUUUUUAAAAAAUCUAAUAAGAUGUAGCUUUUACAUGACGUAAAUUAACAAACAUGCCAUGAUCUUAAUUGUGUACACCAUUCUUCCACUUGACUUGCUCUUGGUGGAAAGAACGUGCGGUUGUGUAAACUUACUCGUCAACAAGCUAAUUUUGGCACAUGCUAUGGUAUGCUUUAACAUGAAGGCGGUUCACCCCUCUCCAGCGUGCGUGUAAUGCCUUCACAGCCGAGGAGCGGCCAAGUCCGGCUAAAUUUAAGUGGAACUCUAUAGACCGUUCUUCUGUCGAAGUCGUCUUAUGUUUGUGAAAAUCUUAAGAAUGAGGGCACUUUUUCCCAGACAGGAGCAACUGUCCUGCUCAAACCAAACCCUUGUCAUUACUACCCUCUACCAGGGCGCCAGAUUGAUCUUCACGAGAUAUUCUCAGACAUGUCUUCAGAUGAACAGACACUCAUUUGAUUCACUGGCUUUUCGAAAAUUUGCCUAUAAUUUCUGCCACCCUGGUAGAGGGAUACUAUUACAGUGUACAAUGGGUACGCCUACCAAGUGCUGCUAUACAAUCUUGUGAUAGGUACAGUUAUUAUCGUAAUGUUUAGAUCAAGUUAUUCCAGCCCACACCAAUAGGAAUUCAUUCAGCUCUAAAAGACGAUCAGCUUCAACAGAGGUCCUGAAUGUCUAGUUACUUCAGGGACCAUGUGAGAACUUUGUAAAAAAUAUCUCUUUUAUAUUAAUAUGUAUAUAAUAUAUAUUUUUUAAGACUAAGUUUUUACUUUAAUAAGAUAAUUAUGAGAUUAUUGAAUUUGUAUCCAUUAGUAUGCGUAUAUAUCAUUAUCCGAUAAUGUCCUCAAAUGUUUUAGUUCAAACCGGUUGUAAUUUGUUUUUGAAAUUGUCAAUUUUUAUAACAUCUGGUUAAGACCAUUUUUAGGGGGGUGGGGGGAUUUAAGUUUUUGUGUCACAGAGCGGGGAGUCUGGUCAUGCAUAAUGUUUGAGCCAUAACAUAAUCAGCAAAAAUGCUUUUGUAUAUCUUGAUAAUGGUCAAUAUGGAAUAUUUGGGGUGUGUCUUUCUUUUGUUCACCAAACAAAUUUCUAUAAGGAAGGAAUGUGUCGCCGGAAAUAGGCCUAGAUGUCUAAGCUGUUGGGUUCUAUCACUCACAUAGGGCCUAAUAUCCUCUCUCCCGUGCUGGGAGGACUGGCAUUUCUAAGUCAAAUGUUGCCUAGUGUGGCAGGGACGGAUGCCAGAAGUCAUCUACGCCGUUUGUUCUGGGCCCAACAACUGUAAAGCGAUCAUGCCUUUGCUCUAAACAGUGUGUCAGUCUUUUUUAUUAUUGAAACUGAUUUCAAAGUUUCGAGAAUGUCUUUCAAAUUAUAUCCAAGAACUAAUAUUUUAUGUCUGCGAUAUCCAAAUGUGCUGUCGAAAUGAAUGUACCAGUGUAUUCUGUACAAGUCUGUUAAAUGACGAGUCAGUGUUUCAUACAUGUUAAUAAGUGAAGAUUAUGUUAAUGCAUACGUCUACACACAUACUCAGGGGCGAAUGGAGGCCAUCUUCUGAGUCUUCCGGAAGACGGUCAGAAGCUUCCAAGUUAAAAUUGACGGGCAUUUCAUUUUUACUGUCGGAAGACUGUCAAAAACGGAGGAUGGAUCAACAAAGAUGAUUUGAAAGACUGUCAGAAAAUAUAUCUGGAUCCGCCCCUGCAUAUAUUUACUGUGGUCGUUUCUUCCAAGUUGUCUUAAUUCUGUUCUAUGAUCUUUAGUCAUAUAACCGUUGACAUGAUUAAUUCGUAAUUGUGUUAAUUAGUUAAUUAUUUACUGUGGUCUUUUAUCUUAGCAUAAUUAAUUCGUAGCCUACAGUUAAUUACGUAAAUUAGUUAACUUCGCUCUUUGGUCCUCUAUCAUAGGAACAGACUGUUGACAAAUUAUUCGCUAAAUCGCAUUUUUAAUGUGCAACAUUCCAUGUUCAUAGAAUUUUUUUUUGGAUUUACCUAUUUUUAAUGUUGAGAUGCGAAUGAUGUAAAUAAAUACAGAGAAUGAUA